GACUAUUUCAAAAUAUAACUUCUCUCACGAACAAGGCCCGUAGGCACGGCAGAGUCCCAAAGCUCCAGUCCGUAUCUUCAUUGUCGCGACUGCGAAGCCACUACCAAGGAAAUGGGGUGGAGCUUUUUUGUUAUGUGACAACACAAUAUGCGAUCAUCCAUAGAUAUCUGUUGGUUGGCGGAUAGGACAUAUAUGGCUAUCAAGGCAGCAUGGAACAGGAUCACGUUGC